AUGUUGAUCGUUAUCUUUUUUUCUUUUUUUUUGGUUGUUGUUAUUGUUGUUGUUGAAAAGUUACUCUUGGUAACAUUAUGUCUACAAAUCAUCCCAUAUGAAUGUCAAAUUAAUGUUGUUACUAAAGAAGUUGGUAACAGUGCUUUGUCCAAUGAAUCAACAAACACCUCAUCAAUUUCUAAUCCCGUGAAAUCAGUUUCACUUCAUUUUUGUCGUUCAGCAAGAGGGAUUAAUCAGUCUGAUCCGAACUCUGUACCUAAGAACACAAGUGAUGUUGGAUGUAAUAUUCCAAUUGCACACUUAACUCCAAAAGGUCAUGAGCUUAAGUCUAUAUCCAUUAAUUUUGACGCUAAAUGUUUACCGAAACCAAAUCCAUUAUUGCAAGGUGAAAAUGUCAUCAAAGUUGUCGGACAUUCACUACAAUCAAAUGUAAUCAAUAUGAGAAAUGAUACAAAAUAUCAUUCAGCAAACAUUACACAUACAAAAUAUGAUCAACCUGUCAAUAUACAAGCAGGUUCACAAUUCGAUUUCCCUGUGGAAGUAAAUCCUAAAUCAGUUUUAGACCUCUAUUCUGAUAUGAAAAAGAAGCGACUUGCAAAACGAAUCGUAAAAAGAAAAAAAAUAAGAUAUGGAGAAAGUGAGAACAAUGAUAACAUGAAUGUGAGAAUGAUUACACGACGUAUUAGACGUGUUUUGGGAAAAAUACAUUCAGAUAAAGCAUCUCCAGCAGAAGCUGAUAAUAAAAGGACUGUAGUGAAAAUAAAACGAAAAGACAUUACGACAGUUGACAAUGAUGAUACAUUAAAAGAUUGGAAAAGUUUAAUUCGUAGAAAGAAAGAUGAUAUGAAACGUGUAUUGAUAAAACGGGUUAAAGCGAAAAAGCGAGAUGUUAAUGAACAUAUUGAAUCUUCAAAAUCUAAAGAGAGAUUUAUUGUACAAAAAAUUAGACGUCAUGUACAGAAAGAAGCAGAAGCAGCAAAGAAUCGUAUUCUUAUUAAUGAUGAAGUGGUUGAAACAACAUGGGUUGUUAAAUUGGGUGAUAAAAAUAUAACUGAUAAAGAUCUACUCAAUUAUCUUAACAAUCAAACAAAAGAUGAAGAUUUAUUUGAGCGUAAGAAUGGAAGUAAAAAUUCAGAUGAAAGCUCAAUUGAAACGGAAACUUCCUGGUUUACAAUGGGUAGAAAAAAUAAUCUAACAGAGAAAGAUAUUAUGAAGUUCUUUGAUGAUCAACUAGACUUAGACGACCUGUUAAAAACAGUUUUACCAACUGGAAAAGAAAAAACACCUCCACGUGAAGUGAUCUCAAGGAAAGUUUGGAUCUCAGAUAAUCUUGACAAAGAAUUAAAAGAAUGGAAUUUUGACCAAAUUGUACAAGAUACAUUUAAGGAUAUAUUAAAACAAAAACCAAAUAAUACCAAGAAUAUCAAGAAUAAUAAUAGUAAUAAUAAUGGAUACAAUAAAACUGAUAUUAUUACAGAAAAUCAUAUAGAAUAUGAAGAUUAUUAG